AUGUCACGCCUUGACAAUAAUGAACCAUCUGGCAUGUCAAUGUAUUUGCUCAAUCAUAAUUUUAAUGAAGCAGAAAAUCCUGUCAUUGUCUAUUUUGACACACUGGUUAACACAGAAUUACAACGAAUGAAGUAUGAGAACACGAUAUAUGUAUAUUCUGCGCUUCUCAUCUUCAUACAAAUCUGUCAUGGUGUAUCAUAUUAUCCCGAAUUACUUUACAAAACGAGGAAUGAACAGUUCGACUUCGAAACAAACUGUUUGUAUUAUUUUAUGACAACAUUCGGCCGCGUGUAUACACUUGUACCGUAUUGUGUUCGUUCGCCGGACGUUUCCGUGUUUCCGUCUUCUGUAUUAGAUAGGGUAACGUUCACACUUUUGUACAAAUUGAAUAUCACAAGUGAAACUUUAUUGAUCGAUCAUGCUCCAAUAGAUAUGAUAGAAGAUUAUGAAAUCUAUCGACAAAGACGUCAAUUAAACAUGAAUACGAAUGAUUCAGAUGAAAAUCUCUAUUAUAUAUGUAUGCCUCCAUUAUUUGGUACCAAAUGUCAAUUUACGUUUCCUGCAGAUAUAUCUAUGGCCACUAUGAUAUCUUUAUUAUAUGAAUGGAGAACGAAUUCGGAAGUGUGGGAUGUAUUAGAACAGACAAAUGGAACUUGUAUAGAAGGUAUUCAUUGUGACGGACGUAAUCUCUGUCUAGAUUGGCGUGAAAUAUGCAAUGGCUAUGUCGAUUGUCUGAAUGGCAAAGAUGAAGAAUUUUGUUUUGAACUUGAAAUGAAUGAAUGUGAUCCUUUAACUGAAUAUCGAUGUUCAAACGGUUUAUGUAUUUCAAAGAAUUUUUUCUAUGAUCUCAUUGCAGAUUGUUUAGAUAAAAGUGAUGAAAUAGUAUUUUAUGAUCGGCAAUGUUACAAUGACGUUUCUUGGUAUUGUGAGGAUACGACAUGUAAUCCAUAUAAACUCCUACAAGUGACAAUAAGUUCAUCAAGACCAUUCAGUUGUGGUGAUGGUGGAUGUAUAGAAAUCGCACGUGCAGAUCCAUCAUCCCAUUUGAUGCGUAGACCUCCUUUUGGGUGUACUAAUGGCCGAGAUGUACUUUAUAAGAGGCAACUUUUUCAACCGACAAAUGAAUGUUUAAAUUAUUUAAGAUGCGCUUUUAUCUUUCCUAUGGCGAAAUCUGAAUGUCAAUUGUUAUGUAGUUCGAAGUAUACUUGUAAUGCACAAGUCAAACUGAAAUGUGUNGAAAUCGCACGUGCAGAUCCAUCAUCCCAUUUGAUGCGUAGACCUCCUUUUGGGUGUACUAAUGGCCGAGAUGUACUUUAUAAGAGGCAACUUUUUCAACCGACAAAUGAAUGUUUAAAUUAUUUAAGAUGCGCUUUUAUCUUUCCUAUGGCGAAAUCUGAAUGUCAAUUGUUAUGUAGUUCGAAGUAUACUUGUAAUGCACAAGUCAAACUGAAAUGUGUUAAUCAAUCGUUAAUAAUGUUUCCAUUGAAACCUAUCUAUGAUAAUCAUGUCUAUUUUCUUUAUGCAUUGAAUAGAACACAUUCAUGGUAUGCAAACUUUGUUCCUACAUUCAUUUGUUUUGAUUCCAUACGAUGUUUACAAUAUCGAGUAACACAUAUAAUCUACAAUCGAACAUGUUCAUAUAUUAAUCAAUUUGGAGCAUUUCAUCAAAUCGAACACUAUGGCGAUUGGAAAAUUAUUUUUAAAUUAUUACAUACUACUUUUGGCGGAUGUUCGUUGCCAAGAUUGGCGCUUACGAAAGAUUCGACCUGUCCACAUUCAUCCCUAUUCCAUUGUUCGAAUUCAUCAAAAUGCAUCUCACAACAUCGAUUACAAGAUCAUGUGAUCGAUUGUUAUAACGGCACGGAUGAAAAUUAUAAUGAUACAUGUGAUCUUGCUCUUCCUCAUCGUUUCCAAUGUAAAUUAGAAAAACGAUGUAUACCUCGCCGUUUUCUCAUCGAUAGUGAAAGACAUUGUAUUGAUGGAUCUGACGAAUCUUUUACUAUAUUAUGUACAAACACUUCCAUUGAAUCUUGUGAUAUUCUAGCUGGCCGUAAGGAAGUUAAUGAAAUAAUUCCUUUUGGAGAAAUAUGUGAUGGAAUAGAACGUAUUCAGCCGACUAUUCAAGAUCAAGAUACAGAUGAAACAGACUGUGAUGAAUAUUCUUGCGUCUCACGAUAUACCGCUUGUAAUGGUCAAUGGAAUUGUCGUGAUGGAAGUGAUGAACACACUUGUGAAAAUACUCUAUCAGCAGAAAUAUGUGGUUUUAAUGGAGAAGAAUUCUUUUGUAUUCAACCGGAUGGUAAUAGUUUCUGCGCCUCGGUGGAAGUUAUUGACGAUGGUAAGAUCGAUUGUUUAGGAGCGAGUGAUGAACGUGAAUAUUGUCGAAACAAAUAUCCGUACGAAUUCGAACGACGUUACAGAUGUUUAAACGAUUCAAAAUGUAUCAGUCCGUAUCAAAUUUGUGAUUGUCGUUCAGAUUGUCUUUUAGGAGAUGACGAAAGUCUUCUAUUGUGUCCUUGGAAAAGUUCCUGCGACAGAACGAAUUUUCCGUGCUUAGAAUUCAACAUACCUCAAAACCAACGUUGCGAUGGUCAAACGCGAUGUAAAUACUAUGAAGAUGAGUGGUUAUGUGAUUUAAUAGAUCAACCAUUAAUCUCUCCAUUUACAUUACCAGUUCUCUCACUUUUUAAACCAGUUUCUCAACGAUCUACUCGUAAAUCGUACACUUUUCUUGGUUGGUAUUGUAAUCGAGGUGUACCUAUUCAAUCGACUGCAGAUCCAAACAGUUUUCAAUGUUUUUGUCCACCCGCUUAUUAUGGAAAUCGAUGUGAAUAUCAACGAAAACGAUUAAGUCUUAUUCUUGAAAUUAACAUUCCAACAUUACUUGAACGAACAAAUGUCUAUAAGUUUUUUAUAUUCCUUAUUCAAACAUCCAACGGUUCGAUUGUAUUUCAUGCUGAAGAAAUUAUUUAUGCACCAUAUGUACAAUGCUUACCGAAGUAUACUAUUGAUUUAUUAUAUCCAAUAGAACGGAGAGAAAACAUAAAACAUCAUAUACGCAUUCAAAUCUAUCGUUUAGCAAAUUCUUCAAUCGAAUAUCGAGGUGCAUGGUUUUUUCCAAUUAAAUUCGAAUUUCUUUAUGUGAAUCGUAUUGCUUCGCAGAUAAUUUUAUCCGAAGAAAUUCUUAAAAAUACCAGAACAAACUGUCAAACUUUGCCAUGUUUACAUGGUUCAUGUGAAUUAUAUUUAAACAACCCUGGAUAUUCAUUUUGUCAUUGUAAACCAGGUUGGUCAGGUUCUUUAUGUAAUGUAAAACAUCCGCAAGAAUGUGAUUGCUCUCCAGAUUCACUUUGUGUUAUUCCGGGAAUAUGUAUUUGUCCUUUAAACAAAAUUGGUUCACGAUGUUAUCUUGAUUAUAAUCCAUGUCAGGAUAAUCCUUGUAGAAAUCAUGGUAUUUGUGUUGCAACAGAUAUUCGAAUAACUGAUGCGUAUUGUGUUUGUGAUGAGGGAUAUUUUGGUCGAAAUUGUGAACACAUUCCGUCUCGUUUAGAUGUNUUUUUCAACCGACAAAUGAAUGUUUAA